AUGUUGAAGACUGGUCUUAUUGUUGGGUCUGGCCGCCAGUCAGAGGCGCUUGUCAACCUCUUGUCAUCCACCAAUGAGUAUCACCUCCUUGUCUUUACCAGGAGCAAAACCUCGACUACUUCGCUUCGAUUAGCAGCCCUUGCUAACGUUGAGAUUGUCGUCAACUCUGCUGGGCAUGGUUAUGACCUUGAUGCCCUCCUGGCUGCAGCAUCCAGAUCCGAUUUUGUGUUCGUGAAUACGGAUGGCUUCGAGUUGGGUGAGCAAGCAGAGACCUACUGGGGGAUCCGCCUGUUCGAGCUUUCCAGGAAGGCAAACGUGAAACACUUGAUCUAUAGUGGGCUGGACUAUGCCAGUCGGGAUUCUGGCUUUGACCCCAGCCUCUAUGUUGGCCACUACGAAGGCAAGGCGAGAGUUCAGCAAUUCAUACACUCCCAGCCCAAGUCGCCAAUGGCAUGGACUAUUAUUCGGUCCGGGCCAUAUAUCGAGAACUUGUGGCAACUUAUGGCUCCGACAAUAAAUGCUAGUGGGACGUAUGUAUUCAAGCUUCCGCUGGGCAACGGUGCAAUUCCGUUCAUCUAUCUCAACGACCUCGCUGGAUACACACAUUGGGCACUCUCCAAUCUUGAGCAAUCUAAUGGCCUAGACCUUGGAGUGGCCACCGUACAUGCCAGUGGAGCCGAUAUUGCCAACGCCCUUACCGAUGUCACGGCAAAGCCUGCUCAGUAUGUCGACCUACCUAUCGAGGAAUGGCAAGUGGCUACUUGGAAGAAGCUUCCCAAGGGUCCCGAUACCAAGGUUGGGUCUCUAAGUGUGAAGGACGAUGGAGCACUACUGCAGACCUAUGGCGAAAACUUCACCAACUGGUGGAACUUGUACAAAGCCAGCGCGGGGAACAAGGGUUUGAUCCAAAGGGAUUACGAGUUCUUAGACAAGAUUCUGCCCACCCGCGUCAAGGGCGUUGCGGAUUGGAUGAGGGUGGCCAAUUAUACUGGCGAAAGGCUCUCAACGCUUAAGAUUUUGGACUGA